UACUGCUGAACUACUACAUCAUGGCGAGCAUAGGAGAUUCCCUGUUUCCGUCGUCAGAGUGCACAUACUUCUAUAUCAAUCAACAUUACAUUCGUUAAGUUAAUGGAAUCUUUUUAUUUACAUUCAAUAUGAAAACCUGACAAAACACACUCAAAAACUCUGGUUAUGAGUGAAGUAUUAUUAAAUGGUGAAAGCGUCAAGUCUCCAGAUAACAAUGCCAAAAGCAAUGGCAUUGGCAGUACUGGAGAUAGACGAGAUCAGACUCCAUCAAAUCAGACUACGGAUCGCCGAGGACGUGGAGAAGGAUAUUCCAAUGAAAGUAGACUCAAACACUCAUCAUCAAAGACUGACUUGAACCUUCGGGAAGAAAGAAACCAUUCAUAUUCAGGUCGAGAUGGCCUUAGUGUUAGAAGUAAAGAGGUUCAGAGAAGAAGCAGCAGUAGAGGGGGAACUUCUCAGUCUCAAAGUUCAGGCACUAACAAUUCUGUCAAUUCAAAUAACAGUAUUACUAGCAGUAGUAAUAGUAAUAUUUCCAAUAGUUCGAGGGGAAGAAGACAGGAUGAUAUUGAAAGACGGACUAAUAUCAAUAAUCGACAAGGACGACAUUAUGAUGAAUCACAGUCGCAACGAAAUCGGACAGCAGGAACAACUUCAAGCUAUGAUAAAAAGAGCAAUGGCCUUGGUGAUGGUAAAAGCUACAUAGAUGAUCCACUCAUAAAGCUGUUAAAAAGAAUUACUAAGAACAUUUAUGAUAGAGAUAGAAGACUGACCUCAGCAAAGCAGCUUAAAGAGUAUCUACUAGCUGGGGAUUUCAAAUCUUCUAAGUCAGCCAAGCAGAUCUUUGAUGCAAUAGAAAGUCUCCAGGAUGUCUUUUUUGAAAGAUGUGGUAAAGAUUUGAAACAAGAAGUAGCACUAUGUAUUGGUAUUUUAGGAAGUCACCUAGGGCAAGACAUUUCUGGAUUUUUUGAAUGGGUUUUCACAACUGUUAACAACCGAGAUGUAGACAUCAAAAUGUAUGUGUCCUUGGCUUUGUUGGAGAUGUUGAAACAUGAUGAACAACAACAAAGAGCCAGAGAUUUUAUGCCUAAUGUCAUGGUGAACAUUCAACACAUGUUAGAAUCAGCGACCGCAUCUAGUCUUCUGAUGGUUGUCAUGGAUAUUAUUAUUGUUAUUGCCCGAGUCUACCCGCACAUUUUCAGCUCAUGUUUCAGGGAAGUAUCUGAUAUUGUGAUUGGCUGGCUUAUAGAUCCAACCCAGAACAUGCACCUCAUUGACCACAUGGCUGCAGCACUUGUUCAACUUCAACCCUUUUGGAAAUCAGAUAUUCAGUUCUCUGUUAUGUUGCUGGGUCAGUUUACAGAGGAUUUGGAGAUUAUGUUAGGACAGGAUUUGAACCAGGCAGUCCAGGGAUUGAGUGAAACUUCUGUGAAAUCUGUUUUAGAAAAAAUCACUGCCUUACUGCGUGUGUUCUACACUGUGGUGCUUAGUCUAGGGGACUCCAUCAGCGCUCUUAGAGGUGGACAAAUCAAUGUUGAGUUUUUAGUGCAGCUUUUAAACAAACUGCUGAACAGUUUAGGACCAGCUGUUAGAAUGGGAAACACAGAAAGCAUUACAGUCAUUAGCAAUGACAGUGCUAGGUUGCUGCUACAUCAGCUCUCAGCAGAACAUGCCCUCAGCUGUGGGGACAUUAUUUUGCCUUAUAUUAUUUCUCAAACUACAUCAAAAAAAGUAAUUACAGAUUCAGUUGCCAUCUCUUUGCUGAGAUUGUUGAAAAAGGUUGUUGAAGUGUUCAGUAUUCAGCUUCCAGUCUACUUUUUAACUAAUCUGAUUGGGCCAGAUUCUGUGUUGCCAGCACUGAGGUUCUCACAUUGCCCUCAGAUCUUGACAGAACUGAUAGCUGUGUAUCAUUCACUCUUAGCCUUGAAAAGUGUCCCGCUUCUUGAAGAAGCUUACAGGCUAGUUCUGAGUGACAUUGACAUUGGAUACAACACUUUGCUGACAAUGGGCAAGCAACCACUUCUUCAGCUGGCAUCUGGAGAAAACCUUUUCUCCACCAUGAAGUACAGUCGGAGACAAGCUCAACAGGCCAUUAUGUUCAAUAUCAUGGCUCUAACAGAAAUUGCCAACACUAAGAGUAACCUGAUAGGGAUGUGGGCUCUUUCCCCUAGUAUUUUCACCCUACUGUCCUGUAAUCUGUUGCUGACUGACCCUUGGAUGAACAAGUACUACUCUCAAGUGGUCUACACAGUUUUACAUGCUUUCUACUCACAUUGUAACAGGCAUGCCAAUUUUAUGUCCAGCAGUAUCCUGUUGUCACCACCUGGACAAGUGGACAUCUCUCGGCUGGCUACCAUGAGUCAAGCCACCAACCAAAACUUUACUGAAAUCCUCAAGAUUAUUGUAACCCUUAUGGAUUCUGAAAACACAGCAUUUGAUUGCAGAUGCCUGUUAAUGAAGUGGUCAUCAGAUAUAAUAGCAGCACUAGUUUCUACUCCUCACACAUUUACAACAUCAGCAUUAGGGAACCUGAUCAGUUCCAUUAUAAUGCAAGGCUUUCAGAGAGAACAACAAAUAGUUCAGUGUUCAGCACAGUGUCUCAAAGCCAUUUAUAAAACUUCCAUACAUUUAGCUGACAGCAUGACUAAGAAAUGCAUGGAGCUGUGUGUCUACAGAUUGAGUGAUAGCAGGAAGUCUGUCAGAGAAUCUUUUCUCUCACUCCUAAAAAUACUGCCAUUGGAUAAAAUUCUGAACAUGGAUUUGUUUGAAGGUGAAGAAGAAUGGAUGUGUAGUGAACAUAAAAACAAAGCAGUUGGACUAACAGCUGCCUGGCAUGUGAGAAGGUCACACAUGGCUCAGUCUCCAAGUGGGAAUUUUCACUCGCACAAUUUUAGACAUGUCAUGGCUUUCAUCCUCAAUGGAACUCAACCCAGUCAAAAUGUAAGCUUUCAUUGGCUGGAAGCAAUGUACCAUGCUAAACAGAGGAAUGGCAAAAAUAAAAGUCGCACUGAUUUCUCUAUCACUUUAACUGAUGUGAUUGAUAGCAAUGAAUCCUUGCUUUGGUUCUGGGCAACAUGGGAAUGCGCCCAGUUUGCCAUUUUGUCCAGAUUAAGAACACCAUUAGGCAAAGCUCCAGAGACCUUCAUGGCCAUUGAGAGUGUCAUCAAAGUGUUUGCUGCUGAGUCCCACAACUUUAGCUGUGUAGAUGAUCUCCAGGACAAGAGAGACGGCAUCAGGGGAGAGAAAGUUGGAGAGUAUGUCUGUCUUCAACGUGUUCAUUUGCUGAUGAAUUUUAUGGAACAUUUAGACAAACUGCUGUACAAUGCCUAUGAGGGAUGUGCUGUUGCUAUGCCAGCUGUACAUAAGACUGUAAAAACAUUUUUCCGCACCAAUCGCAACACUUGUCAGGAAUGGCUGUCCAGGAUUCGAAUGGCUCUUUUAACAAUAGCUACUCACUGUGGUAUGUGGGCCCUGGCUGUUAGACAAGCCUUUGAACUACUUAGAGAUAUGGAGGAUGCAGGAAAUACACAAAGUCCAGUCUUUGAACAAGCACUUGUCUAUUUAGUUCAGGCCUUGUGUGAACUGAAUGCUCCUAAAACAAUCCUUGGACUUUACAAUGUCUAUCAAGAUUCAACUGGACGUUCUAUGGCAUGGAUCUUAGCUGCAUCAGAAAAAGCCAGCAAGAGAUAUGAAAAAGCAGCUACAGAAUUUCAGAGCUCGUUGAAAGCUGUGAUGACUGGAGAAACUAUGGAUGGCAUCGGUGAUGAACUUGAUGUCCUACAUUCCCCUCGAAGUAGCCCUAGACACAAAGAGAGUAUCAAAAUAGCUCAAAACACAGGGAAACCAAACUUUCUUCCUGCUACAGUGAACUUCAUUGUCAAUCAGGUGACUGAGUGCUAUGCCAAACUUUCUGAUUGGUCAUCUAUCAUGGACUGGCAGGAAUCUGUAUCUAAACAACAACAACAGUGGCUGGUUGAUGGAACAAUAACUUCAAGCAACCUCAUCAAGUAUACAGUUGACCUCAAUUAUAUCAGAGCUCUGUCAGAAUUUGAAAUUGGAAACUUGGAAGGAAUCAAACAAAGUUUGGAGCUGAUACCUGGCAUGUCAGUAGCAGAAAAUAACUGUCAGCGUCUGGAGGGCUGUGUUGGUCUGUCUAGUUGGGACAUAAAGAGAGAAGAGGAACAACUUCACAGAAUGUUCAUUAAAGCCUCAACACAAUUGUUGGAACAGACUGAAAAUGUACCCAGAACUGAUACAGUUAGAUGUCUACAGCUGGCAGAGAGACUGGGGGAUGGACUUCUUAAAGUGAAUGCUAUGUACUGGCCACCUGCACUUUUACCUGAUUGUUUAACUCAGCUUUCUUCAUUGGUGGCUCUGAGGAAACAAUUAGAUGCCAGGCAGAACAAGACAAGUCUAAUACCACUGUCAUCAGUCCUAGAGCCCAAUGUAGAGGAUGAUCUGAGUGUUUAUAACCAAAUGAUGAGGAUCAUAAGUCUGCAGCAGAGGCUGUACUCGUGUGACAAAUAUCAUGAACUGCGCCAACAACUGUCAGAAAUACGGUUAGCUGCAGCCACAGUGGCCAGGAAACAGCUGAAUGUUGCAACAGCUGAAGAUAUUUUGUUGAAGCAAGCAGGCUCAGUCUUGAACACCCAACCAGAAUCACUGAUGACAGCCAUGACUAGUAUUAGGUCCAUGACUAUUGCUGGAUGUUCCAUGCAGAAAGAAAUGCUGAUGUUACAGAGGGAAGGUGCCAAACUUCUUAGGACCAUGGGCAAACAAAGAAGUUCUCUUGAUGUUCUAGCUGGAAGUGUGAUAGCUUCUAGUUGGCCUAGUAGUGGAACAUCCAACUGGACAUUGGACCUUGACUGUACACAGUUGAAUGCCAAGUCUCUGUUAACUUUGGUUAAGUGGUUGCAGGCUGAUCCCAAACUACUCAGUCUAUUGACCAGUCACAUAGAAGGGAAUGGUGAUGCUAGUAGCACAAUAUCCUCACUUGCGUCUCAUUUAAGUAGCCUUUUGGAUUUGGAAAAAAUAGCAGUCACUAUGGGACAGGCCAGUUUAGUGGAAACAGGUACAUCUAUUGGAGAAAGCAGUACACUGCUAGAAAGUGAGGCAAUCAUUGGCAGAUUGCUUCACUUGAGCAGUAUACAGAGUCCUAUACUUGCCAAAUCUUGGUUCACACUGGCAGGCUGGUGCUACAAGUGGGGGAGAAAGGCAGUUGAUAAUGCAAGUAAUGGCUCUGUGGAGUUAACAGAAGAUGAAGAGAAACAAGUGCUUCAAAUUUUACCAAAAGGAACUAGCAGUGAAGAAAAAGAAAAGGUUCUUUCAGUGUUGAGCAAGAUUCAUAACAUGGAAUCAAGUGAGGAGGAUAUCAUUGAUGAAGAUCAAAGUCUGUAUGAUGAUGGUAGAGAACUAACAAGAAAGCAGCUGUUGGCCUGCUGUACUACACUGUCCAUGGCACCCGAGUCUUGUGUGGACAAACUCCUGGCUGUCUGGAAAGGUGUGGUGAAACGAGUGUACCACUAUUACCAACUGUCUGCUAAAGCUUACUUCACUUACUUACAUGUGAAUGGCUUGAGUGACAACUUUGAUAACAAAGGAGGUAACACUAUUUCAACUUUGCGUCUGCUGAGAUUGCUGGUGAAACAUGCUUCUGAACUAAGAGAAGUUUUAGAAACAGGGCUUUCACAGACACCAACGUCACCCUGGAAAGGCAUCAUCCCUCAGUUGUUUUCUCGUCUCAGUCACCCUGAAAGUUAUGUCAGACAAAGUAUUUCAGAAUUGCUCUGUAGAAUAGCUCUGGAUGCACCUCACUUGAUUGUCUACCCUGCCAUAGUGGGAAGUUCAUCUAAAAUCCAAGUAAAGAUACCAGUUCAAAGAGCCUUUUUAAAGCCAUUCCUGUCUCAGGAGGAUGUCCAAGAAGAGUUAGAUGUUAUUCCUGAAGUUGAAGAAAAUGAAGAUGAUGAUAUGGAUGAAACAUCUAGCCCUGAACUACAAGCAUGUUUGUCUUCCAUUGUAGAGACUCUGUCUAAACUUAACCCUAAGAUGAUAGCUGAGGUUCAGUUAAUGGUUCAGGAGUUGCGUCGUAUCACACUAUUGUGGGAAGAACUCUGGCUUGGAACACUGAACCAGUAUCAGGCUGAUGUACAGAAGAGGUUAGCUCAACUUGAUGCAGAGAUCAAAAGAGUGGAAGCUAAUAAGUCAUUAUCUAAGAGUAUGAAAGCUACUGUCAUUAAAGAAAAACACAGGACUAUAAUGAAACCUACAUUAUACACCAUGGAGCAUCUUCAUGAGAUCACAUCCCAGCCAGCUCAGACUCCACAAGAGAAAGCAUUCCAGGCUUCAUACGGGAAACAAAUAAGUGCAGCUCUGCAAAGACUUCGGGAACCUCCUGAUCCAUCAAACCCUCAGGACACUUGGAGCCUUUUCAAAUGUAUCCAUCAUAGUCUUCAACAAAGAGCUCAGAAAAGAAACAGCUUGCAACUCAAGAUGGAAGAAAUAAGUCCCAGACUGAUUGCUUUAAAAAACUCAGCCAUACCAAUGCCAGGACUUACAUCUGCUGGAAAGGUUAUCACCAUUGAAUCAGUUCACAACACUGCACAAAUUCUACCCACAAAAACUAAACCAAAGAAACUGAUCUUUUUGGGUUCUGAUGGUACAAGACAUCCUUACUUGUUCAAAGGAUUAGAAGAUCUCCAUCUUGAUGAACGCAUCAUGCAGUUUUUGUCUAUAGUAAACAACAUGUUUACUUGUCACAAGAAGGGCAGUGAAAACAAACACCUGUAUCGAGCUCGUCACUAUUCAGUAACACCACUUGGCCCUCGGUCAGGUUUGAUCCAAUGGGUUGAGGGAGCAACAGCUUUGUUCAGUCUGUACAAGAAAUGGCAGCAGAGGGAGGCUCUGGCCCAGACCUUGAAACCCAUGAACAGCGCUACUGGAGCCCAGACUGCUAUACCAAAUAUACCACGACCCAGUGAAGUGUUUUUUAACAAGUUAACUCCAGCAUUAAAAGAGAAGGGCAUUGACAAUGUUGAGAACCGUAAAGAAUGGCCACUGAGUGUGUUGAGGAAAGUGCUAGAUGAGUUGAUGGAUGAAACUCCAGAUGAUCUUUUAGCAAAGGAGAUUUGGUGCUGUAGUUCCAGUGCUGGUGAGUGGUGGCAGGUUACUCAAGCCUAUGCCAGAUCUACUGCUGUUAUGUCCAUGAUUGGUUACAUCAUUGGUCUUGGAGACAGACAUUUGGACAAUGUCUUGGUGGAUUUAGCCACAGGAGAAGUUGUCCACAUUGACUACAAUGUCUGCUUUGAGAAAGGUAAAGGUUUGAGAGUCCCUGAGAAGGUUCCCUUUAGAAUGACUGCUAACAUAGAAACUGCUUUAGGACUCACUGGUGUUGAGGGAACAUUCAGAGUCUCUUCAGAGCAUGUCAUGAAGACCAUGCGAAAAGGGAGAGAAUCCCUCCUCACUCUUUUGGAAGCCUUUGUCUAUGACCCUCUGGUGGACUGGACAACAGGAGGAGAUGGUGGUUAUACUGGAGCCUUUUAUGGUGGGGAGCUGGCCCAGGCAGGUGGCCCUGGGGGUGACAACAGGCACAACAAGCAGCAGAUGGAGCGUGACAUCACAACCAGCAUGUUCUCUAUACGGCUGACAGAGAUGGAAUCAGCAUGGGCCAAGAAUAAGUCAGAUCUCAUGUCUAGUCUACCAUUACUAUCUACUUGUGUUGAGGAGUGGAUGAAAACAUCAGACAAGCUUGAAGCCUCUGCUACAGGGGUUGAAGGUCUGCAUGUGAUCCAGCAGACAUUGCUGAAUGCUCAGAGUGAUGCCCACCACACAUUGUAUACACUGGCUGACAGAUAUUCUGAUUAUAUGGUGUUGAAAGCUACAAGAGAUCAAGUCAUUGCUUCAGUUGGAGACAAAUUGACAGAAUUCAGUAACUGGCAUAAGUUACAUGUGAUGUCUCUAGAAAAACUUCAAAGUCCCUCAUUUCAAUCAAUGUGUGCAGAAGUCUCUUCACACCUUGACCUUGGUCCACCAAGUUUUGCUGCUGCCACUUCGUUUCUUCAGAGUGCUGGCCAGGCACAGAUUAUAGCACAAUGUGAGCAGUUGGAGACUGAACUGUGUACUCUGUUGGGGCAAAAAAGAGCACUUCUUCAUAACGUGGUGAAAAUUGUGCAUACUUACAGUACUGUGGUGUCUCAGUUUGGCAUAUUUUUUGCUAAUGACAACAGAACUUUCAGAUUUUUAAGUUGGCUACAAGAAAUGUUACAAGAUUUUACAUCUCACAAGUGUGAUGAGAUCAUGUCCCAGCAUCAUGACUUGUAUAAUCCAAGCCCUGCCUCACAGAUCAGCAAGGCACAGAUUGUGUUCAACAUAGAGUCUAAACUUCAGAACAUUCUGACGGACACUAAUGCCAAACUUAUGAAGCUGAUGGACCGGAGAGCUCAGGAAAUCAAUGAGACAAUAAUCUUAGAGGUUCAGGUACAGGAAGCUGAUGAAACCAUAAAACUCUUUGUUCAUGAAAAUGGCCUUGAAGGAGAGAGAAGCCUAAUGUCUGUUGUAGUCUCCGCCUUGUACACCCUCAACAAAAGAUAUUUACUGAUGGAGGGAGCUGCUGCAGGUGCUGGAGAUAGACUGAUGGAUUUAACGUCACGGGAUGGAGAUUGGUUUCUUGAUGAACUCUGUAGCAUGAGUGGCAACGUCAACAAAUUUCUUGAAACUUUGAAUCAACACAACCAAGUGCGGGAUAUAACUCAUGUCAAUGGCCUACAACACAGCCUUAGAGCUACACACAAUGUUUACACAGCCCUACAGGAUUUAAACAUGAACUUCCGCUCCAUUAUAUUGCCUGAAACUUUAAAGUUGAUCCAGUCUCAUGAUGUACAUUUUGUCAAUAUAUUGACUCACUUGGAGGACAUGAUCCAGCAGAGAAGUUUGUCUUUAGAUGUUCUCAUUGCACAGCUGGAACUAAUGCAUCGCAAUGCCAUUAUGGGCAUGGAGGAUAAAAAACCUGAGGUGCUUCUAGACCUACAGAAGCUGGAGUCAGACUUUGCAGAGCUGGUUCAGACCUGUAGCAAUAUGAACAAUGCCAAAAUAAGUGCUGACCAACUCACCUCAGGUCAGAUGCUCCUGAUAGGAUUCAAUGGUCUAUUUACCAGACUAGAGGCUGACUUUGCAGAGCUGUUGAAUAGUGUAGAAUCUUUAGAGAUUCCAUCUGUCUGGAAGAAUGUGGACACAGUGAGAGAAGCAAAGUCAAUGCAGCUGUCUAACUUUAGCUCAACCACAAGGCCUUUGCUGGUUCAUCUAUUUUUCCUGAAAAGACUACAAGCUAUGCAAGAUUUUUUCCUGAUGACAUCUCAGUUAGCAGAGACACUUCAAGGUCUGAGUGGCAGUGUUGUGUAUGAUGAAGAACAGAUGACUAAACCUAUUAAAAGAUUCAUUGCUGACUUUGUUAGAAAGCAGGUUCUGGGGUUCCCAUCCCAGGUGUUGGGCUACAUCAUCUGUGUGUACCUGGGAGAAUUGGGGGUGAAUGUUAAAGCUGAAAUAGAACUCAAAGAUAUUGGUGCAGAGCUUAAAGUGCCUUUGGACCUCCUGUGUAAAAAGGGGAUGGAGACCUGUCUAAAUAGUGGCCAGUUUCAACACAGACACCUGACACAAGUCACAGCAUUGACCAGUAACUUAGAUACAGUCUGGAGAAAACUGGACCUAGCCAAGCGAUUAGAUGCACACAUUGUCCUUAUGAAAGGUCAGAUUCAGAGAUGUCAACCACAGCUGGCUCGUUUCCAGUGGCUUCAUGAGGACCUCUUUAUUCAAGCUGGUAGACAACAUUCACAAAUGGUUCAUCCAGGGAGGGCAGCAGUCAUGUCUGAAAUCAAAAAGACUGCUCAGGCUUUGUUGUCUCAGGAGUCAUUGAUCACUUCCUGUCUAGAACGUUACUCUCAGAUGGAGGCCAGUGUAAGUCAAAGACUGAGGUGGGCUGCUGGAGCCAAUCCAUCACUCAAUGCCAUGCUGAAUAACUUUGAAAAGGCUGCUUUGUACAGAAAAAAAUGUAUUGAUGAUGAAAACAAAAGAAUUACAGAAGCCAGCAAUUUGUGUCAGGGGAUCUUACACUUGGAAACUUUACGGACACAAACUCAUGAGGCUUCUGCUAUGGACACAUCAUUCUGUCAGCUGCUCAACAAGUGUUCAGAAUGCUGCAUGAUGCUAGAGUCAACCUGUAGUUCUGUCUCUGACCUGGAACUAAGCAUCAUUAAUAUCCAGCCACUGAAUGAUUUUGAUAAAUCUGACAUCAAUUGGAUAAAGAAAGCCAUUGAAUCUAUUGACAAGACUGUUACAGACUCCAAGAAAAGAAUGGAGCAGAUUGCAAUAAGCCUUGUGGAAUGUCAGAGAAGUAUUAAGGAACAUGUAGUUACCAUCAAAGGUCAUCUGACAACUCAUCACAAACUAAUGUCAGACAUAAGGUCUAUUCUGAAGACUUUGGCCAAGUUGGAGGAGCAGGACUAUGGUGCUGAGAUCCACGUUGGAAGUAUCCGAGCCUACAUGGCACAUUACAAGAAUUUCUCAGAGAAGAUCACAGCUCUUCUGAAGACAGUUGUGAGUGAGAUGACCACUAGAGAGGAAAUGGCCCAGAGUGUACAGGAUAUGGAGUUGGUCAAAGAUCAGCUGGACAUAAUCUAUGACAGUCUGAGUAAGUUUGCCCCUUCCAUCCUGACCAAGAGCAUGACUACUUCAGGAGAUCCAAAUGACAAAGAUCUGUAUGACACUGAAAACAAGAAAAUGUUUGACCCUGCCACCAGAGCUCUCCUUCAGGCCAGAGAACGGGAUUCUCCGCCUUUACUAAACCAAAACAGUCCAAUGGGACAAAUCACUGCUGCUAAACCUCAAGCAGGUAAAAAAGAGAAGGAAAAAAUGAUUAGAGAUCCAAAAACUGGAAAAGCUGUACAAGAAAGAAACUCUUAUGCUGUUGGAGUCUGGAGAAGGGUGAAGAUGAAAUUAGAGGGGAGAGACCCUGACCCUAACAAGAGAAUGAGUGUAUCAGAACAGGUGGACUACAUCAUCAAAGAAGCCAAGAACCUAGACAACCUAGCUGUUCUCUAUGAAGGCUGGACACCAUGGGUAUGAAGUGCCAAGUCAAGAAGCCAUUGCAGAUGGCAUUAUAUCAAAGUCUUAUCAGCACUAGAAACAAGGGAAGUUAUCCCUCGUCAACUGCUGAGUAAAGGUGAUGGGAAAGUGGCAUUCACCUCCCCCUCCUAUGAUACCCUGCGCAGUUAAAUGGUCAAGUUUAUGACACUCUCAACUAAGGAAGGAAAACAAUAACUACAAGUAUAUUCUUUAUAAUCUAGGAAGCUGCAAUGAACAUUAAAUGGUUAAAGUAAACGAACAGGAUGAACUUGGUUUCCUCCGGGGUGUGUAGAUUAAACAGAAUUGCUAAACACUUUUUUGAUGAGAAUGGUUGUUAUCUUGGGUAAGCAAAGUCUGUUUGAAAGCUAAAGAACAUAGUGUUUGAAUAACCUCAAAGCAGAACACUCUGGGUCUGUCCGAUAGGCCCUAGAAAAAGAGUGGCUUUUGGUGAAAUCAGCACUUUAGAAUCUUUCGUGUCUGGUUUUGUUUUUUUUCUUUUUCACUAAUACAUUUGGUUAAUAUUACUUGUUGAGCCACAUGUAGCCAACAUGUGUGAUAGAACUGUGUUAAGUGGUCCUGCGCUAGACUAAUCUAUUCCAUAGCUGACCAUUAAGUUCUGGACCUGUUUUCAUAUGAUAAACUACUAAUCAAUAACAUGGUUACUUUAACCUAGUGUUGCCAACUUUGAAUUGAUUGGUUUUGGUUGUUCAUUUAAGAUUUUUUUUUAAAAAGCUAUUUCAGUUUCAACAUUAAAUCAGACAUCAAUUGUUUUUCAGUCUUGAUCCGAAAUUCAAACAGUUUUCUGUAAUAUGGCAAAACAAACACUAUACAUUCUUCCAAUAUAAGUUUUUUUUUAACUCACUCUAUUUCUUAAUGUUUAUUACUUCAUGCAUGCUAUUCAAAAAAGUCUUAAGACACUAAAAUGAAAUAAAUGCUAUGACAAAAUUGUUUGUUAUGUCAAGGUGUUUUUAUUCUUGUUUCUAGUUGAUGAUUGAACAAAUUUUUGUAACACCUUGCCAAAAAAAGUUUUAUUGACAGCUUAACAUUUUUCAAAAACUUAUUUAGCUGUACCCUCAGAAGUGACAUUCAUUAAGGUAUUUAGCUGUACCGUGUUAAGUGACAUUCUUUAAGGUUAUUAGUGUGACAACAUUAACAUUAAGGACAAUAGGCUCCAGAUUAAAGCUCCUGCUUCCAAACUAAAGAUGAGCCUUAUUUCAUUUUCCAUUGGCUGUGAACUCUUUAAUGUUUGUUUGACAAGCUCAUUACAUUUAGUGCAUGACCUGGUUGUUGGCUUUAUUCAGCUAGUUGUACAUGUUCAAAAGCUUGAAUAAACUUUUUUUUUUUGAUGCCUCAAACCACAAUGUAAGGAAAAAUAGUAUUUUAAAACUAUUUACAACCAAUAUUAAAGUUUUUAAAGAAAUGGAUAAUCAGAAAUCUUUUAGGUUUAAACAACAAAUCUUUGUUUAUUAAGUUUUUAAAAGAAAUAUAUUAAAGUUUACUAUAGGUUUUUUAAUUAUUUAGUUGAUAUAAAUUUUGAUUGACUGUUGAUGCCUGACGUACCUUGGGAAUCGACUGUUGGAUUCCCUUUUUAAACAAAAAUAAUUUUAUUUUUAUUUUUGCUUCUUUUACUGAAUUCGUUUUUUUUUUUAAUGGUUUCAGCGUUUAUGUUCAUUUUGAAGCACUGGUUGCCAUGUUGGUCAAAUCACCACAUGGUCAGUUUUUCCAAGGGUUACUUUUUUUGUUUGUGACUAUUUCCUGUAUUUAGAUCAACAUAUCUAUAAAUAUAAAAUGGUUUCUUAUGUAUUGUUUUCACUGCACUUCUGAACCCAAACAGUUGCCAUUCAUCUCUAAGCUUUGUUAGAAAUAAAAAAUAGUUUAGUUAAAAAAAAAUAAUUUAUUGUUCAAACUGUUAUUUCAUAACAGAAUAGCUUUCAAAUAAUGAUUGAAAUAUGGUAAAUAAUUAUUUCUUGAGAACUUCCAACAACCCAAAAUUCAUGGCAUAUUUCUCUAUUUUUUCUUAUCCCUCGUCUUAAAUCUGAUUGUAUCAUUUUUUUAAAUUUAUUUUUACAGUAAGUUUUUUUUGUUUUUUUUUUUUGUAUUAGUGCACCAGUAAUCAGUAGUUCUAUGUUAGAAUGUUUGCUUUCAUUUGUAGACACUAUAAAUCUUUUUUUGUUCAAAUUAAAUUUCAACUUCCUAAUGCGUUUUGUCUGCAUGUCAUUGCCACCAUAGUUUCUUUUAGUUGUAGGCAUCAAUUAAAUACAGUUUGAAGGACGAGUUGAAUAGUUUAGAUAGAAUAGUAAGCAAAUUCCUGCAAUAAGUGCCUUUCCCAUACUGCAGUUAGUCCUUCCAGAAAACUCUUUGGCUUAAUAGAUACAAUUUUAUUAGUUGGUUCUCUAUUGCUGACUAUUUGUUGCUGUUUUUCUUUAGUCAGUGUUCAAAUCUUGAGUCUUAGUUUUAAUUGGAUUUUUUUUGUGUUUCACUAAAAUUUAAUUACAAAAAAAUUAUAAUCCAAAUAAUUGCCAUUGAAUAUUUUCUUUCAAUGCCAAAUUGAGAAGGUAAAAAUAGUUGACUUUUUUUUUGUUGUGUUACAAUUAUGUUUCAAGUCUUGCUCAUCUGUUCCAAUUUUGUUCUAGAAUCAAGUUGUUCAACUGAAUUGAUCACAUUUAUGCUCUGAAUGGCUUUUCUUUCAAUACACUUGCUUUCUAUGUACUAGUAUAUUAUUAUGUAACUUUUUCAAUGUUGUGUUAAAUAAAAUUUUCAGUGUUGAUCAA